UGGUGCACUGACCCUGCCUGUGACAGGCGAGGAGUCGGAGGACCAGGGCCAUGAUUGGCUCCCCUGGCCCUGGUGUGCGUGCCUUAGUGCCAUGGUCGAGGGUGUGGGGAUGGGUCCUGGCUUCUUCUCUUGUUGCCAUAAUAACCUUGACACUUCCAGGAAGUAGCCAGGCCUGUCCGCCACGGUGCGAGUGUUCGGCUCAGCUGAGGUCAGUGUCGUGUCAGCGGCGGCGGCUCACCAACAUCCCAGAAGGCAUCCCCACAGAGACACAACUCCUGGACCUCAGCAAGAACCGGCUCCGCUGGGUGCAAGCAGGCGACCUGGCACCGUACCCACGGCUCGAGGAAGUGGACCUCAGCGAGAACCUCAUCGCCACAUUAGAGCCCAAUGCCUUUGCCAGCCUCCCGAGUCUUAAAGUGCUGAAGUUGAGGGGGAACCAGCUGAAGCUAGUUCCCAUGGGGGCUUUCGCCAAACUGGGCAAUCUGACCAGCUUGGACCUGAGCGAGAACAAGAUGGUGAUUUUAUUGGACUACACCUUCCAAGAUCUGAGGAGUCUGAAACAUUUGGAGGUGGGAGACAACGACCUGGUUUAUAUCUCCCACAAGGCAUUCUCAGGGCUGCUGGGUCUGGAAGAUCUCAUAAUAGAGCGCUGCAACCUGACAUCCAUAUCUGGCCAGACGCUGUCGUACCUGCGCAGCCUGGUUACUCUUCGCCUCCGUCACCUCAGCAUCAUUGCCCUGGAGGACCAGAACUUCCGCAAGCUGUCCAACCUGCGGGGCCUGGACAUCGAUCACUGGCCGUACCUGGAGUACAUCUCCCCUUUUAGUUUCCAGGGCCUGGACCUCCGCUGGCUCUCCAUCACCAAUACCAACAUCACCUCCGUCCCCUCCGCUUCCUUCAAGAACCAGGUGCACCUCACCCACCUCAACCUGUCAUACAAUCCCAUCACCACACUGGAGCCCUGGGCCUUCAAGGACCUGCUGAGGCUGAAGGACCUCAUCAUGGUAAGCACAGGGUUGGUGACAGUGGAGCUCCAUGCCUUCGGAGGCCUUCGACAGAUCCGGGUCCUCAACUUCUCCUCCAACAACCUGCAGACUUUGGAAGAGGGCUCCUUCCACUCUGUGAACAGUCUGGAGACCCUCAGAGUGGACGGGAACCCCCUGAUGUGUGACUGCCGUCUGUUGUGGAUCCUGCAAAGACGCAAGACCCUCAACUUUGACGGCAGAGUGCCGGUGUGUGCAGGGCCGGUGGAGGUGCAAGGCGUCAGCCUGAACACCUUCACCGAUUCUGCACUCUUCGAUCACUUUACAUGCCAGAAACCUAAGAUUCGCAACCGUAAGAUGCAGCAGGUCGUUGCUCGUGAAGGCCAACCUGUGAGCUUUCUGUGUCGAGCUGAAGGAGAACCUGCACCUGCUAUUAUCUGGAUUUCCCCACAGCGCCGGCGGAUCACAGCUAAGAAUUCAGGGCGCAUUACUGUCCUCCCGAGUGGCACCUUAGAGAUCCGCUACGCCCAGCUCACUGACAGCGGUACAUACAUCUGCAUCGCCAGUAACGCCGGAGGCAAUGACACCUACUUUGCCACACUCACAGUGCGCGGCCACUCGCUAGAUGCUGCCUCAGCCUUCUUUCUCAACCGCUCACUGUACGGCGGCGAGUUCUUCAACGACACAAAUCUGAACAGCACGCGUGUUUUCCUCAAGUUCACGCUGGACCUGACGACCAUCUUGGUCUCCACGGCCAUGGGCUGCAUCACCUUCCUGGGGGUGGUGCUCUUCUGUUUCCUGCUGUUGUUCGUGUGGAGCCGGGGACGCGGCCAACGCAAGAACAACUUCACAGUGGAGUACUCCUUCCGGAAAUCUGAACCUGUCACUGGUAGCUCCUCAGGAGGGACCAGGAAGUUCAAUAUGAAAAUGAUAUGAAACAACGCAGCCAGGGGUCCCUUGGGGGAGGCAUGAGCACGUCCCAAAAACGUGUUUGACACACGCAAACACACACAGCUACUGACUCGCAAAGAAGGUUGAAAGCACAAUACGUUUCUGUCUAUGGCUCUAUUACAAAUUAAGCGCCCACUUCAAAACUAAAGCUAUUACUCAAUUUGGUUUGUGAAUGAAAAUAAAGUCACCCUGAUCUCACUGUCAGUGGUUUUAUUCAGCUUGUUGUGAAAAUCAUGUCUGAAUAAUACUGUACAAUUUGUUUUAAAGCUAUUUAUAGUCCAUGCUCGAUAAGAAUAAAUAGAGUUAAGACUAAAGAGAUAAGUUUUCUGAAUUGGCAUGUAAACUGAGCUGUGGGACACUGGUAGCCAUGUCUGUCUCUCUCUCUCUCUCUCUUACAAUUAUGAGAUAAUGAAAAAUAAUUCCUCUUUAAUUAAAAUGUCCCUUUACUGUAUUUGGUACAGUCAGGGAUUUUAAAAUACAUUUGAAGAAGAGAGACCUGGCUACCAUCCAUUUAUAGAACCUGUAUUUAUGCUCUUCUAAAGUCUGCCUGGAUAAGAAUCGUGCAUGUUCAAAUGCAAUUAGAAGUUAAGUUGUAAAUUCACAGAAUAAAACAAAUUGUUUUAAAUUGAAUAUGUUUUUCUAUAAAGACAGAUUCCUUUAUUCUUAACAAGCUCUAGAUUUGGACCAUUCACAUAAAUUACAAAAACACUUGGCCUUCUCUUCUUUGUGAGAUUUUGCAACAACAUCAGCUGUGUGAGUUUGGGACGAGCGCUCUGACCUGCUGCCGUGGCUGCCCGCGGCCCGGAGGGUUUGGUUAGGAAGUCAAAACCAUCGGACGCGGGCAGCCACGGUAACCACAGCAACCAACACGGUAGAGAGCAAUGGGGACUGGGGCUCAUGACCGCAGGAGGCUAGCUGGGUAAAUCACAAGCCCCGAUCAUGCUCUUUCAUCAACGGGAGAGGGUCAACCUGCCUGCCUCCGCCCUUUGUCCCGCCCUCUGCUGCGUUGGUGGACGCCUGACCUUCCCAGCGCUGCCCGGGGGGAGCAGCCCGGAGCGUCAGGUCAAACUCAGAGGCAAACAGAGGACACACAGGAACACUGUUGUGGUCUUCACAUCGAAAACAUACAUAGCAACACUUUCAUAGCACCUUUUCUCAGGAAAAGUGAAAUAACUAUCCUACAGAGUGACACACAUGCUCUUUUUAAAUAUUACAUUCCAGCAAUACUGUAAGUAGAGCCAUAAAGCCAACAUUAAUGUAAAUGUUUGAGUGAAGAAACAAAGCCAUAGUAUGUAUGUAUGGUUUUUCUAUACGGUAGCUUGUGCAUGAUUCUGUUAAAUGAUAAUAAUUAUUGCUAAUACAAUUGUUCAAGUUGGUGUGAUGAUCACAAGACCAUCUGCUGUCGCUGGGCUUGCAAAAAGUUGCACCCUGCAAGCCCAUAACACACACACACAUCACACCACACACAGGAGUGCUGAAACCUCAUCAAGGUUCCUUGGAUUGAUAGGAAGAACAAUCACACAAUCAUGUGUAUUUACUUACACAUGCAUAAACAUACAGAUUGAUGAAGUGCCACAGCAAAGUGUGAUGCGUCUGCUCUCUGUUUGCCUCUGAGACGGUCAGUUUGCGAAUGUCUCUGCCCCCCUAGCCCAGUGCAUCCCCCCUACUCACCCCUAACACCCCCACACACCCCCACUGGGUCCUCCUUUGGGAGGGGUCCCUGGCUGGAGACCGAGGAUUAUAAAAUGUAAAUGAAGUCGUGUUAACCCUACCCACGCCAUGUGCGUCGUAUAGUGGAGAGUAGUACUGUGGUUUUAAAAACAAAAAAACAACAAAAAACUUAAUUUGAAGUGUUCUUUUUGUCCUCCAUUUUUAUUUUUACUCAGUUGUUGUUCUCCGUGACCUUUUGGCUGUUUACCGUUUUAAUGUUCCCCGUCCUCCAUGUGGGACUGUUCUGUUCUCAACACCUAAUGAAGUGUCCACACACUGGACAGUGCUUGUGUCUGUUUGCAUCUCAGAGUGCAUAAGAAAUGAGACAGGAUCUAAAGCGUCGUACACUAACCAAGAGUCACAGGGUAAAUUGGUGAGUCACCAGAUGGUCGACAAAAAAAGAAAGAAGAAAAAUCAAGAUGGUCUAUUUUUCUGAUUAUCUAGGGAAUAAUUGAAAUAGUUAAAAUUCUAAGUCAUACAUCUUCUGGUUUUCUUAGCCUCUUUAUAACCUAACCUAUAGUUAAAGGUAUGUAUUACUACAGAUGAACAUGUCACUGUUUAUAGAACACUAAUGCUUAUAUAUGACUUACUCACAGUGAAGAGUAAAAGAGGUGACUGAAAUACUCAAAGCUGAGACGAGAUAUUACCCAUCAUUUUAAACUUCGUAAAUGUUACUUACCUAAUGUAAAUUAACUAAUGUCUGUGUAUGUUGAACUUAACAUGCAUUUACAAAGGACCAGCAGUUGAACUUGAUAUAGUUUGGACCAAAAAUUAUUUUCUUUUUUAUGAGCCGUUUUACUGGUGCUGUAAACUCUGUAGCCUACACUCUCUCACACCAUUCAUUGGACACUAUUUACUUUAGAAUAUUUUCUAAAAAUCCAUUUACACCUUACUCACAUGAAAUAGCAACCUUGUUUCCCAAAUCACUCUUUUGAAACUAGCUGGUGGUGAAUAAGAGUUUAUGUAGGACACUGCACACAAACGUAGGGACUGAUUUAUGAAAAGCUGUUGCUAUCAAAUGAUUGACGUGUGUGGAACAAAUUGCUUCAGUUUUAGGAGUCCUUUUGUUAUAGUUACUGGAAUAACUAAUCCAAACUAUACCUACAGCAAAUGUAGAACCUAUUUAGACAAAUGUGUAGUUUGAAGAGAGAACCAUAAACUCUUCAAACUUUUGCUAAAUAAAUUCUGAAACUCAAUUUUUGUCCCUUGUGAGGGGUGAUGAAACCACAGUUUCUGUGUCAGAAUGAAUAACUCAACAGUUGUUAAAGAUUCAUGAGACCCAAUGAGAAUAGAAGAAACAAAUUGGCUCAGCCUGUUUUAUUUCUUAUUUUACAGUCACAGCCCAUUUGAGUGUUGAGAACAGGACGUCUCAUCAUGGACCUUUCCUCUCCCCCAGCCAACCCUUUUGUGUUUCCAUGUCCCGGUAUUUCUUAGUAGAACAUAGGGUUUAGAAGACAGUGAGGAUGUCUGUAAUGAUCGUUGAUGGUGUUAUUGUGCAAUCAUCAAUCACAACUGUAAGCGUAGAUUAGGGUGUGUUUUUGUUUUAUUAUCUUCCUACCCUUCACUGUGCUUCUCCCCUCUUCCUGUUCCCUGUCUUCUUAACAUGUCCACCCCUCGUUGUCCCUGUUCACAGUAUUAGGCUGGAUUAUGGUUGUGUGGUAGUAGACACGUACAUGUGGUCGGUGACUCAGUGUUGUCGUGUUAAGAUUAGUUGCUCCUCAUGAUACCAUCAAGCACGGAGCAUUGAUUGGAUCAGUGGAGACAAAAGAUGAAAGGGGUGACCCAGGUUCCCUAAAAAUAAGAAAAAUAACCAUUGGUUCUAAUUUCACGCCCUACUCUUUCCUGAAAAAACACUUCUGGAACUUUCCCGUUCUGGGAUCUUUGUCCGGAUGUGAACCAAACGGACUGUACUGUAUGUAUUUUCUCUGAUAUCUCGCCACACUUACAAAUGUUGAAAGGGUGUAUGUGGUGUUUUAAUACCGUGACUCUCGGCCUACACUCACUUUCUGCCAACUGCGGUUCACUUUUUGUCAAGGACACAGCUCAUUCACUGAAAAUAGACAUGUUCAUGUUGGUCAGGGUUGAAAAUACAGUAAGUGCUUGUAACUAUUCAAGCCCCACAAGUCCUUGGAUACUAGCUUCAAUUAGAUCUAGUACCACAGGCUUCAGAAACACAUUAAACAUUUUAAUUGAUGGACCCUUAGCCAAACAUUUUUUUAGGGUGCCAGUACACACGGCUUUGCAGCCAAGUCAUCGCCUCUCUCUGGUUGACAGACUCUCAGUGUUUGUAGUGAAGCUUGAGCUUGAUUCAUCUCCUCUGCCGUGAUACUUGAGAAAGUAGGCUGAGCAAUCCCCCGUUUCCUCCCCCGCCUCACCCUUUCCUGGGGUGUACUUUAGUCUAGACAUCCCAUUUAAAGCAGCAGCAACCUCACUUUUAGGAUACCUUUCACAGGGGAACUUGUCAAAGACGCAGACUAAAAUAACCUAACGUCAAAAGUCAUGCCGUCAUUACCAGAUUAGUUAUUCAGUUUUUUAUUUAUGUAACAGUUUCCAAUGCAAUAUUUCCAAUAUUCCAUUUUUGACCAUCUAAUGAAGAAAUUCCUAUAUUUCUCAACUGAAAGAGCAGUCUUAGCUUUGCUAUCACUAUUAUCCGAGGAGACUGCAUUCUUACAUGCAUUCCUUUGAUUCUCCUGUUACUUCUUACUCCAUAUUAGCUUUAAAUAAAUCCAUCUCCUCCUCCAGAUCUUACAGCUGCUGUUUUGAUUGGAUUAGACUUGAGUUGAAUUAUCGGAGCUGAGAGGAGCAGUAAUGGGAUGACGAAGAAGUGAGCUCGGCUGAUUGGGUCAUUACUUGGCUUAUUAGUCCCAUUUCCAUAACAGACCUCUCAGAGCAGUGUGCCACUUAAAGCCUGGAGGCUCAAUUCAUGGUGUAAUUGCAUCUUCUUCUUUUUUACAAAUUUGUGAGAUCGAAAUAUUAAAAUGGUACUUUCCUUUUAAUUGGACAAAAAAUAUGGUUUUACAGAGCAGUCAUCGUAAACCAAUUCAGGUUUAAUUAGACGUGUGGUAGAGCAUUACUGAAGGAAAGCACCUUGAACAGCACAACUGCUUGAUUUUAACCUUGACCACACAAUUGCAACUGCCCCCUCCCCCAUUUUCUAUGUGGCAAUACUGACCCCACGUGGUCAAUGUGAGUAACAGCACGUAAUGGGACCAUCAUCCUGCUGAGGGGAAGACAAAAAAAACAGCUAUGCGUCUCAUGCAGUGAAAGACUAACGAGAGCAAAUUGACUGUUAGAUUCAAAAGUCAGGACUUCACUGAUUUUUCUAUUAUAGCCAUAGUGUGACCCCCUUUGCGGGCGAUGUAUGCUGGGAGUUAUGAGGAGAGGCCUCCACCUGAGAUCAGAAGCAAUUGUUCUGACCUGGUUAGCUGGCACUCAGUCUGUAGAUUAGAAGAGUACUUUCAGACCCCACCAGUCUCACCCCCUUCACAGAGAUCAGUAACAAACAAAGAUAAGACAUCACCAAUCUUUCUCUGUAUAUGACUAAUCAGAAAAAUGGUCGAUUCCUCUCGAGAAAAAAAAAAGCGUUCUUUCUUGUGGUUUUAGCAGGUUUAAUCUAUGCAUGCCUUUUGUAUACAGUGAUUGCUCUUGCCAAACUCUCGCCUACACCUGUACGGAGAGCUAUGGGUGCCAUGCUGGCCAUGGGACUGGUUGAAACCGACUUACUGCAAGAGCAGGUGGGACCAUUAAAGUGUUUUUAAUCUGGUACAACAGAGCAAAGGGGCUAAUGAUAACCUGCACCUGCAUUCAGAGACACCUUAAAGAAGUGUGCGUCUUACAGAAUUAGCAUUUGUUUACUCGGGAUGAUUGUACUUUUACACAUAUCUAUCCACACAGGGGAUGUGUAAGCUGUAGAUAAAACGAUUGAUAUUCCAAGCAGGAUGGUGGGACUGAUCAAUGCUGUAUGGGGAUAGGAUUAUUAAUGGCAUACUUUCAUUGAUCUAUCUUGAACCUUGCCACUCUCCCAGAAUCCCUCUGGAGAAGGAAGAGGCGUUCACAGCUCUUACAGACCUGGUUGGCACCCAUUCCUAGGUUUCCUCAUUACCUUUUAAGAUGAUUUCCCUCUUUAAAGAACGAGAUGGUGCUAGAUUUCAACUUUCCCCCCCAGGUCUUAGCUGAUGUAACGCUGUCUUACCUCUUCCACUUUUCAGAGGAAUCUGUCACUAACGUAUAGCUCUGCAUUUGUUGGAACCCUCUAAUAAAAUAUAUAGUCUCUUUCUCAAUUUGGCACGGUAAAACGUUUUCUCUUCCCUCUCUCUUUUCUCUCUUCUAUCUCACUCUGUCUUUUUUCUCUCUAUCAACUUACUUGGCACCGACCUCGUUAAACAUUUUAGAACACUUUUCAUCGAUCACUCCUAGUUUUUAAGCUAAUGCAUAUUUGUUCCCUGUUAACAUGGUCGUUACUGACUCCUGAAACCUAGGAAUGGGUGCUGAGCGCUCCAAUUAAAUGCAGAGCUAACAUAAGUACAAGUUGUUCAGCUUGUCACAUUGAACGGUGUCAACUGAUCAAUCAUUAAAGCAUAUGACGGCCUCAUAAUAGAAGCUGUAACUCAAAUUUGGACUCUUGUUGCAAGAACGUGUGACUGUACUGAUUCCUAACAUUUAGAUUUUGCACUGCGAUGAGUGGAUCCUUGGAUGGGAAGAACAGAAACUGUACAUAUUAGAUCUUUUAGCCAUAUCAUGUCAUCAAAUCUGUAGACCUAUUUGCCAUGUCUGACAGAGGACAAUGACUGUUGAACUGUAAAUAGUGUAGGAAUAGUAAUAUAAGAUUUAAUUGCUGCUUCUUUUCUCCAGGGAUCCUCCAUGUUUUGCUCAGUCCCAUGGCUGCUUGGUCUCAAAGGGAAGGAUGAGACAAUAAUGUACUUGUCUAUAAAAAAACAAACAACAUAUAAGUCCUUUUUUUAUUUUAAUGUUUGUUUUAUAUACUGUCCGUCUUGUAAAUGAACUCCUUUUCGUCAUAAAAGCAUGAUGUG